GCUGCCUUCCCCUCAACGACCCCGAAACCGAAACCAAACAAACGAACGUCAACAAAUCGAGAGCUAAGAGGUCUUACCGUUACGUACCUAUCUGCAUCUGCUGUGCCUUUAAGCUCAGCUGUGCAUACUCCUGCUACCUACCUACCUAUGUCUAGUUCAAGUUCCAGCCGCCCGAGCUUCAAUUUCCUACUCUUUCAUGAACUCUUCUCUGGCCGCUCUUGACAAAACAACUUCCCGCAAUCGUCGUCGCCGCACCUAGUCGACAACACAAGCAAACAGAGCAAACCCCGCAACACCCCCAGGCCCGAGCACCUCUACGGCUUGCUCCACCGAGUCCACCUCCACUCGGGUAUAAGUGCAGUACGUGAUACGUCACUUCUCCGGCGAACGUCCGGAUCAACUUGAAGAAUCUUACGUUCGACCUUCUUCUUCCUUCAACCCCCGAGAAAACAUCUAUCUGCUAGAAGCUUGACACGAAGCCACUCCAGCGCGAUCAGUGUGCCCGUCGCACAAGAUGGGAUUUCUAGAUAUACACGGAAUCAGCAUUUUCAGGUGGGCGGCUGAUCUAUCUCAUCUUAUUUCAAAAUGCAUCCUUCUAUACUCCAUCCAUCGCAAUAGGAGCGCUGAAGGCGUGUCUCUCAUCACACAAGUAUUUUAUACGCUUGUCUUUAUCACGCGCUACACAGACCUUUUCGGCGAAAAUUGGUGGGGAGGAUUUUUAGACUGGUGGAAUUUCCUCUUCAAGAUCUUCUACCUCUCUUCGUCAUUCUACACCAUUGCGGCCAUGCAGUUCCUCUUUCCACGGACCCGCGAGCGAGAGAAGGCAUGGAAGUUCGGCGCCAUCAUACUGGGGGCGAGCUUGCUCCUGUCACCUUUCGUGAUGAUGAUCGGUAAGCCCAAGGAGGAUUGGGGUUUUCGAGAGUGGCUCUGGGUAUUCUCCCAAAUCCUCGAAUCCGUCUGCGUGCUUCCUCAACUCCUCCUCCUCCGCCAGACCACCGUUCCGACCGUCAUCACUUCGUUAUACAUCGUGUUCCUGGGCUCCUACCGCGCCCUCUACAUUCUGAACUGGAUCGUCCGUGCGCUCGACAUCAAUGGCCGGAAGCCUGAUGGUAUCUCCAUUGUCUUUGGCCUCAUCCAGACAGCCCUAUACGCCGACUUUGCCUGGGUCUACUGGACACGCCAGCGUGUCAAGCUGCGGAACGGCGGCGUUGUCGACUCCGAUGACCUGCAGCGCGGGUGGCUUCUCACUCAUAUCUUCGGCAACAAGCGUAUUACUGGGGAGCACAGCGCGGAUGACGACGAGGAGAGCGCCCCUGCUCUAGGAGGACGACGCGGGGUCAACGGUAUUGGCAUUAGCAACGGAAACAGCCGUGGUUCGGCGCCGAGAUCCAAGUGGGGUGCUCGUGGUAUUUCAGUUAGCGCCGAUGACGAUGUGCUUGAUAAUGAGCAGUCGCUGGAGGAUCAUGGAGUAACGGAGGCCCUGGAUCCGGACGCUAAGAUGCACGAUCCGGAUGACUUGGCGAGAGCCCUGGAUGACGAUGACGAUGGGUCGCCGUCGCGGGCAGGAGGUUCGGCGCCUUUACUCGGUAACUCGAGCGACAACAAGAACAACAAUGACGACAGGAGGGAUCAUGAUAAUGCUUGGGCUGAUGACUGAUUAUAGGGUGCUAGGAGGCAUGGAAUACGGAAUGACUGACGUUUGGUUUCACUCUUAUGAAUGGUCAAUGGGUUGAUGGAUCGCUUUUUUCUUGGGUAUGGACUAGGCAUUAUCAGUAUUUGGUCAUAUGGACGCCCAAAUCUUUUUGUCGUCUGCUGCCAAGGUUAUUAUUAGGAAGUGACGGCCAGGAAGAUGCCGGUGGUUUCAACAUCACAAAGGAACCAGUUUCGCAAUAUCACCAGGUCAACAAGUUGGGGGGCGUAUCACCACAAAGACCGGGGACUGAUAUGGCUGUGUUUUACAUCAACUUUACAAUGUGCAGGUCGAUCUUGCUAGGAUGGUCAAAAGCAUUCUUGAUGUGUUACUGCAGUCUAUAUAAGGUAUGAAAAAUAAGGGCCUGAUAGAAUAAAGUUAUUCAAGUUCCUAUGUGCAAU